ACAAAGCUACGUCUGUAAGGCAAUUAUAAAGGCCACAUCUCUGGAAAUACAAGAAGUACUGAGUCUCAGGAUCAAACAGCUGUUGAAUGACACAUAUGAAGAGGGACCAUUAUCCUUGUAUAUGAAACCUGAAGAUGUGGCUGUGAAGUCAAUAGCACUGAUGGAUUGUCCAGAAAGCUUUUCAGACACAAGGUACAAGGGGAAUUAUUCCUGGCCACUGACAAGUCCAGCCUCCAAAGCAGAGGUCAGCUGCAGGAAAAACCCUCUGCAGACUGCUCAGAGGAGCUGUGCAAUUAGUAUUGAACUAGAGCAAGCUUUUUGGAAGAAACCAAACAUGACUGAAUGCAAACUACUGGAAAAACUUCCAAAUAAUAUUUUAGGCCUCCAAGAUAUCAAGAUAACAGAAGAGAAUGCAGAAGAUGUUAUACACCAUAUUUUAUACCUCUUGCCAAAUGCAACACUGCAUGUGGAAGAAUUAAAAAUCAUUGCAAGUAAAAUUUCUGAUGUUGUACAGCUUGCAGAUGUGAGCGUGACACUUGCAGAGACUGCACUGUCUAUACUAGAGUAUAUUUCACGGCAAGAAAUAGAAGAUCAGAACAUUAGAAAAAUAACCAAUACUAUCCUGCAGACAACUGAGGUGAUAGGCUACAAGGUGACUUGUGCAGACAGAAACACGUCGGUCACAACCACUUCCUUGGCUCUGUUGGUGCUGCGUCCAGAUCCCAGCACGUUUGGAGGACUGGCCUUUGGCAUUACCUCCUACAACAGAGGUGUGGAUCUCCAGAUCAACGUGCAAGAAAACCCUUUCAAAAAUGCCUUGGCCUCAGUGUUUUUGCCAAAAUCCCUGAAGAACUUCCUAGGGAUCGAGCACUGUGACCCAGACAAGCAUUCGAAGAUCCAGUUUAAGUUUUUUGGCACUACUUCACUUUUCGCGGAUGACAGUUUAACAAUGGAGAAGUUGAACACUUAUGUUGUGAGUGCCAGUGUUGAAAAUGCAUCAAUUCAGAACCUUAAUGAGCCUGUGACUGUCACUCUUCGGCACAUAGACCAGAACACGGGCAAUGCAGCAGUGCACUGCGUCUUUUGGGACUUUGGGAAGAACAAUGGACUGGGUGGUUGGAAUACAUCGGGGUGUGAAAUGGAAUAUACAGAUAUGAAUUACACAAUCUGUUUUUGUAACCAUCUUACCCAUUUUGGAGUCCUACUGGACUUGGCCCGGACAGAAAUAGGUGCCACACAUGAUCAUAUAUUAACUCUGAUAAGCUAUGCAGGAUGUGGUGCUUCUUCCCUUUUUUUGGGAAUAACGCUGGUGACAUAUCUAACCCUUGAGAAGCUGCGGAGAGACAAUCCUUCAAAAAUCCUGCUCAACCUUUGUGCUGCACUGCUGAUGCUGAACAUGGUCUUCCUCACCAAUUCCUGGCUGUCCUCAUUCAACCAGCCAGGCCUCUGCAUCACCAUGGCCACGCUCCUUCACUAUUUCCUUCUUGCAGCUUUCACGUGGAUGUGCCUGGAGUCUGUUCACUUUUACUUGGCUCUUGUCAAAGUUUUCAAUGUUUAUGUCCCAAAGUACAUCCUAAAAUGCUGCAUUGCUGGCUGGGGUAAGCAAGCAGAUUUCUUCCUCACUUCUGGGCUUGUCAACUUCUCUAAGAUUGGGGCAUAUUUGCAAAAGCAAGUGAGGACACUGAGCUAGCAGAAAUGACCUGAGCUGUAAGGAUGGAUCUCUCCCCCCAGGCAGGUUCAGCUUAAAUUUCUUCUGCUCAGGGAAACAUUAGCAUAAAGUGCCUGUU